AUGGAUGUUUUCGUCCACAAUUCUCCUCAAGGCAAGCAACUGUUGACAGAAAAAGAAAAGGAAUUUCAAGAGAAAUGUGAAUCAAUGAAAGAGAGCAUCCAGGAGAAAGUCGAGAAAGCACGUGCUCAAGCUAAGCGUGAACUUGAUUAUAUGGAAGAAAGGGUAAAAUUAUGUAAGCCAUUGUUGGCUACUGGUGCUAAAUACUCAGUGCACCGCAAUGUUGACACACGUCGAUGGGUUCAUGGAUUUGACGAACGAACACAAAUGCCACCAGAUCGAAGAAUGUGUGAUCAGGCCACAUGGGAACUUGUACAACGAUAUGCGUCUAACUGUGAAAAGCUAGCGUCGCAGAUAACCAUUGGAAAACGUAAAAAACAACAUUAA